AUGAAUGAUAAGAAUGACGUUGAAAUAAGCAAUAGCGAUUAUGUUAAUUCACCCACAUUAAAAGAUUCAAAUUUAAAAGAAAGUUAUCAAACGAACGAAUUUGUUAAUAAUAUAGAUUCUAUGAAUUCAAAUAAAAAUUUAAUAUCAGAAGAUAUAGAUGUUAAUGAUAAAGCCAUAUCAUCGAAUACAGAUAAUGGUAAGUCAACAUCAUUUUUUAGUAAAUGUUUUAAUAAAAUAGUAAACUUGAAUAAAGCUGCUUCUAUGGGUAGCAGUAAUAUGAAUAUUGCAAAGAUGAACGAUGGGGAAAAUGCUAGGGGUUAUGAUGAAAACAGCAUAAAAAUGGAUAACAGCGAAAUGGAAAAAAUUAAUGAAGAUUCUGCUGCUCUUUAUAACAGCAGCGAUUUUUUUACAAAUGAUAAGAAUAAUAAAGAGGAAACAAAAAAUUUAAGUAUGAUGAGUAAUAAUGAUUAUAAAAAUGAAACGGAAAAUUUAAGCAUGAGUAAUAAUAAUAAUUAUAAGGAGGGAACGGAAAAUUUAAGCAUGAUGAGUAAUAAUAAUUAUAAGGAGGGAACGGAAAACUUAAGCAUGGUGAGUAACAAUAAUUAUAAGGAGGGAACGGAAAACUUAAGCAUGGUGAGUAACAAUAAUUAUAAGGAGGGAACGGAAAACUUAAGCAUGGUGAGUAAUAAUAAUUAUAAGGAGGGAACGGAAAACUUAAGCAUGGUGAGUAAUAAUAAUUAUAAGGAGGGAACGGAAAACUUAAGCAUGGUGAGUAAUAAUAAUUAUAAGGAGGGAACGGAAAACUUAAGCAUGGUGAGUAAUAAUAAUUAUAAGGAGGGAACGGAAAACUUAAGCAUGGUGAGUAAUAAUAAUUAUAAAGAUGGAACGGAAAAUUUAAGCUUGAUGAGUAAUAAUAAUAAUAUUAGCAGUAAUUGUAAUAGUAAUAGCAUUGGAUUCGGAAUGUUUUUAAAUAGCAUGAGUAAAGAUGGCUUAUUUCAGGAUUUCAAUUUUGGUGAAAUGAUAACUGGUAUGUCUAAUUUUCAUAAAAACGAAACCGAACUGAAUAUAAGUAGAGGUGAAAUAUAUUUAAAUGAAUGUGAGUUUGUUUUUACAACACACGUUUUGUUAAACAGUGGUUUUAGGUUUCAAGCUAUUGAAGAUGUUAAGAAAAAAAAAAGAAGAGAAUUUUUUAAAUUAGAAGAGCUAACUAUUGAUACAAAGAGAACAAAGAGUGAUAGUAUAAACAAAAUAGUAGAUAGCAAAAAGGAGGAAAAGAGUGAAAUGGACACAAUAGGAAUACAUGUGGAAAGCAUUAAAAACGACGGUAUGAAUUAUGGUAAGAGUGAGGAAUUAAUAGAGAAAGAAAAAAAAAUCGAGGGAAAGAUGGAAGCUAAUAAGGAAAAUGGGGAAAAAGGCGAAUAUUGCAAAAAUGGCGAAUACGGCAAAAAUAUGGAAGGAAAAAUGAGUCAAGAUGAAAAGGAAAGAAUAGAAAUGUGUGAUGAAAUUUUAAUGGAAUUAAAAAAUUCAUUUUAUGAACAGAUAUUAAAUAUUGAAAAUAAUUUUAAAAAUUUGGAUAAUAAAAUUGAAAAUAAUAAUUGUUUUUCUUUUCAUUGUAUAAUGGAAAAAUUAAAAAAUAGAAAAUAUGAUAACGUUUUAUUAAUUUAUAAUGAUCUUUAUUUGUAUUUAAAUAAUUUGUUAUUUCUCUCCAAGCCGUCCAGUUAUAUAUGGAUGAAAUUACAUGAAUUAUCUUCACAAAUAUCAAACACAAUUCUGAACAUUCAGCAAAAGAAAGAAAAAAGGUUCAACGAAGGAAACCAUCUUUUGCACACCGAUGAAAUAGAAAAGAAAGAAAACAAAAAGCAAGUAACUACAGGAGAGGAAACAAUAGAGGAAUCCAUAAAUGAGGAGGAAAAAUUGGCCUUUCAGUUGCUUCUUGGAAAGCUUCAUCAGGAUAUACACUUUGAGCUAUUCAGAAAAUUCAAAAAUAAAGCUGUAUGGAAAACUCUGGAAGGAGGUGAAAUUGAAUUGGAUGAUAAAUUAACAAAAGCUGACGUGUUCAGAGAUAUGUACAACUGGUGCAAAUUGCAGUUAGAACUGAAAAGUAAAAGGAGCGACAUAUCAGAGUCAGAGAGUGAUUCCUCGAAGGACUCCUAUUAA